UUCUAUUUUAAGUUGAAUAUAUUUCACGUUUAUUACACUAACUCAGUGUCCCAAUUUUCAGGAGAAAUAUGAUAUUUCGAAAAUUGAAAAUAGAUGGACUUUAAAAACAAUUCAAGAAGCUUGGAGAAGGUGUAAGUUUGAUUUGAAAACACACCACUUUGAUGCCUAUGGUAAUGAUCAAAUUUGAAUGGAGAAAAGGUCUAAUGAUGUUCCAAAAUCUCAAUUUAUGGAACUUCUUAGAUAUUGGAACUCAGAAAAAUUUCAGGAAAAAGAGAGGGAAACUUAUGAUCCUCCAUCACUUAAGGAAUUUUUGUGGUUACAAGAAAAAGAAAACCCAAUCGAUCAUACAAGGAUACAGAUGAAGAGUACAAUUGCUGAGAUGGAGAAUAUUAAAAUGCAACAAAAUGAAGAUGGUAAUGAGACGAUUGAUGCAUUUCCAUCUAUCAUGGGAUCGAAACAUCCUGGAUGCUUGAGAUUUUAUGGAAUAGGGUUACUAAAACUACUUUGAAAGGGAAAGUGG